AUGGCUCAAAGUUGUAAACGGAAAACGAAGGCAAGUGUUAGUAUCAGCUCUGAUAGCGAUAUUUGCUCUCCAGAAGGAAAAAAGGCUUGCAACAGUCCUCGUUCGGAACCGAACAUUGGCGUAGUAUUUAGCGAGGACGAUCAAGUUCUGGAGGCCCUGAACAUGACAGAAAAAAUCGCGACACAAUUGGAACGGAUCUUCGAAAUGCUCGCAGGAGUAGAAAGCAGGUUACAGAAUCUAGAAGGUAUAUUUGAACGCUUCUCCGCUUUGGAGAAGUCGGUUAAUAAGCUCGAAACUGAGCUGAAUAAGACUGGCGAGAAGACAAGAAAAUUGGAAGGCGAAGUUAACGACCUCAGCAAGUCAAUGGAAUUUGCAAACGCCGAAAUUGAAGACCUAAAGAAGAAUGAUAAAGAAAACGAAGUCAAAAUCAAGGAACUUGAGGACAAAAUAUUGUAUCAAGAGGUGUACAACAGGCGAGAAAACCUAAGAUUCUUCGGUUUUCCAGAAUCUGCUGAUGGAGCUGAGAACACGCAUGAAGUUGCACGAAAAUUCCUUAGCGACGAAUUGGAGAUGGAAAACGCAGCAGAUAUUGAAUUCCAGCGAGCUCACAGAAUAGGAAAGAAGAAGACGGGCGAAACUAGACCGGUGAUUGUUCGUUUUUUGAGAUUUCCAGAGCGUGAGCUGGUCUUUCGAAGAGUACGUGAGCUGGCUGAUGAUAUCGACAUUAAGGUCUACGCCGAUGUUCCUAGAGAAAUAAGCGAAAGAAGAAAAAAGCAGUGGCCACGUCUCAAAAAAAAGAAGAGGAGGGAAAGACUGCUUUCUUUAGCAAACCAGAACCCGAUAAAUUGUUUAUCGAUGGACGAUUUGUUCCCUUAUAGACAAAUCUAGGUUUUUUUGGACUUAGUUUAUUUUAUUUGACUUUGUUUUAUGCUUUUCAUCAGUCUUUUUUUGUAACGGGAGUGGCAUGUGUAGUUGAAACGAUUGUCCCAAGCUCUGUGGCAGCGUCUUAUAGGUAAUAAUUACCUCGCCGCCUUUUUUCGCUCUUUCUUAAAACUUCGUUGUGUAAUGUAUUCUUUGUUUGUUUGUUUUUCUUUGUUUUAUUUGUCCUUUUGUUAUUUCCUUUGUUGUUUUUUGUUUUGUGAGUGCGCAUGUGUGCGUUUUGUGUGUGUUAUCUACCUACGUGUUGUGUGUUUUUGCACCUCAGUUGUUACCUCUUUUCAAUUUUUGUGCACCUCUGCGGUGGAAAAUUAUUUGUAUGCGCAUAAUUUAGUUUUUCACUGAUCCCAUUCAUGAAAGAAUUUUUAGGUUUUAAAUUACUGUCUCUUAAUGUUCGAGGGAUUCGAUCCGCCACGAAAAGGACUCAGGUCCCUUUUUACCCGACUAAAUGAACGGAGGUAUGAUAUUAUCUUUCUUCAAGAGACCUAUAGCAUUGUUGAUCGAUGUUGAAGACAUUUGGAAAACACAAUGGAGAGGUAAGCUCUUUUUUGCUCACGGCUCUAAUCAUAGUUGUAGGGUGAUGAUUCCAGUGACUCGAAGUGACUUAGAUUUUAAUUCCGGCCAAGAACUAGUGUGAUGACGAGGGCUGCUCCAUUAUAAUUGAAGCUAAGGUCCAAGGUUCGCCAUUUUUGUUUGUAACAGUUAUGCUCCAAACAAGGUUCAAAACCAACGCCGUUUUUUCUUGAUAAGUUGAACAAAAAUAUUGAAGACUGCGUCGUUAGUGAAAAGCUUAGAAUUAUUCUCGGGGGAGACUUUGAUGUCACAGUCGACUCUGAUCUUGACUGUUCCGGUGGUAGACCUUUCAGAAAAGAUUCUGUAAAACACAUACAAGACUUAUGCCUGGAUUUUGAUUUGGUUGACAUUUAGCGCAUACGAAAUCCGGACUCUAAACGCUUUACGUGGCGUCAAAGAAAUCCUUUCAUUCAAAGAAGACUUGAUUAUUGGCUGAUUAGCGAUGUAUGCCAAGACGACAUUGAGAAGUCCGAUAUCAUUCCUUCGAUAAAUUCAGACCAUUCGGCAAUUUUUCUCCAUCUUAAUAGUAUAGACAAACCAAAACACGGCCCCUCUUUCUGGAAGUUUAAUGCUAGUCUUGUAAAUGACGACGACUUUGUUGCACUGAUAAAUGAAAGUAUGCCUUUGUGGUUAGAGGAGUUCAAAGACGUUAUAGAUAAAAGGCUGUUGUGGGAUUUAAUUAAGUACAGGAUUAGACAAAUUACAAUAAAGUAUAGCAAAGAAAAAAGCACGUGAAAGGAGAAGAAAGAUCUCUGAUAUUGAGGCUUCUUUGAAGAUUUCGGAAGAGAGAUGCGGUAGUUCACCAACUCCUGAGAACCAGGAAGAGUUUGAAUUGUUAAAAAUGGAAUAUGAUUCUAUCUAUGAGCAGAUAGCAAAAGGUGCUAUAAUCCGAUCGAAAGCCACUUGGUAUGAAAAAGGAGAAAAAAAGCAAUAAGUUCUUUUUAAACCUUGAAACACAUAAGAAAGCUAAGAGUUCUGUCCGUAAGGUUUUUGAUAAUGGAGUUCUAAUCACGGAUCCUAAAAAAUAUUGCAAGAAAUUCAAAAUUUUUAUUCUAAUCUUUGUGAGCGUGACCCUCUUAGCCCAUCUGAACACACGUUAAACUCUUUUUAAACAAUCCUGAAAUGCCAAAACUCUCUGAUACUGAUGUUCAAAUUUGCGAGGGAAAAUUAACGGUUGAAGAGUGUUACAAAAGUCUUCAGCUGUUUGAAAGUAACAAGUCACCAGGCAAUGACGGACUAACAGUCGAAUUUUACAGGGCUUUUGGGGCCUCUUAGGACAGCUAUUAGUAGACAGCUUAAACUACUCUUAUGAUCAUGGUGAGCUCUCAAACUCUCAGAAAGAAGCCAUUAUUACCCUAAUAGAAAAGAAGGACAAAGACAAAAGGGACUUAUCAAACUGGAGACCGAUUUCGCUUAUUAAUGUGGAUGUUAAAAUCGGUUCAAAAGCCAUUGCCAAGAGAUUGGAGAAUGUUUUACCAAACAUCAUACAUUUCAAUCAAUCUGCAUAUGUAAAGGGUAGAACCAUUUUCGACGCGGUCAGAACCAUAGAGGACGUUAUGGAAUUCUCAAAGAGAUACAGUAUUGACGGAAGAAUGGUUUGUAUAGAUUUUAAAAAAGCUUUUGACACAGUUAGUAGGGACUUCUUAUUUCGAACGUUAUCCGUUUUUGGUUUUGGACCAUCUUUUAUUCAAUGGAUCCACACUUUUUACAAGAAUGUUUCGAGUUGUGUCUUAAAUAAUGGCUUUGCAACUUCAUCCUUUGCAGUUGAAAGAGGAGUAAGACAGGGAGAUCCUCUCUCUGCUUACUUAUUUAUUAUAGCAUUAGAAGUUUUAUGUGUUAACAUACGUAACAGUAAUGACAUUCGUGGUAUUAAAGUCGAUAAAGAAGAGAUCAAAUUAAGUCUUUUCGCAGAUGACCUGACUGGGUUUUUAAAGGAUGACCUCUCUCUAACAAACUUUCUUAAACUUAUAGAAGAUUAUGGAACUUGCUCUGGCCUAAAGGUUAACCACGAAAAGACAGAGCUUUUGUUACUGGGUAACCUGGCCUGUACCGUACAAGAAGCCACUCUGAACAACAUAAAAAUUAAACGAUCAGCUAAAAUCUUAGGAGUACAUUUUACCUAUGACAUUCAAGCAAAACAAAAGCUAAACAUCAAUGAAUUAAUCAGCUCCAUCCAACUUAAGAGCGAAUGCACAGAAAAAUCGAGCAAAAUCGGCAAAUCGUGGCCACAGCUCAAAACCUAACUUACCCUCAUUUUCAGUCUGUAAUAAGGUUUCAAUGAGUUUAUAACACUGCUGAGGUUUAAAUUUCAAAAUGCGGCCGAGUUUGAGAAUUAUUUGAGAUUUUCGAUUUCAACGGUCAGGAGGCCUAAAAUUAGCCGCCGAACUCGGGAAAAUUGCCCAGUGACAGGAUUGAGCUGACUUUCAUAAACGAGCGAAUAUAUUGGCAAUCUUCCACUUAAAUCUCAAAAAGCAGAUAUCAAACAAUUUCUGAACGGCACAUUUUUUAGAUUUAGAGUAUAAAAUAUCGACGAACGAGCACAAUUUUGAAACGUAAUUUGCAUAAUGCUUAUAAAUACAACAAUUUACCGCUAAAACCAAAAUCGAAUUUUCUAUAUGGGGGAAUUCUCCAAAUCACCCCAAAUCCCGCUUACUACCUAAUGAGAUAUAGUACUUCAACAUUAUCUGAAAGUUAGUCUGGUGUUCUUGCGAACGCUUGUAAAAUAGACUGAUUAUUUUGAGGUUAUUUCGCCCCAAACAACCGCUAAUUGACCCCAGGGUCAAUUGAUACGUGCAGGUCACCUUAGUUUUAUGCGUCGAUUUUAGCUCGUUAAAAGGGAGAAACUAACAAGAUUCUUUUUAAUAUGUACCUGUUUUAAUGAAAUACACGCAAUCUUCAAAAGGAGAGGCCGUUCAAUGGGUAAUUUCUGUUCUUGAGAUCUUGUAAAUUGCAGCAUGGCGUCUGCAAGUGGACCUGAGUCUAGGUCUGUUUUCCCGUGACUGCGAAAUCAGAAUAACAUCAUGAAAUAAUUCGCCCUCGAAUCUUCGUAAGCGAAUCAGCUUUGCAGUGCCUUACCUGAGAUAAAAAAGUGGGCCGAAUAGCAAAACAUUUCUAGCGCAAUUAGGAUCCUUUGUGGAACGCAGUGUAUUGCUGAGCGAAAGGUGAGUAAACAAACGUGGGAAAGUACGUUACCUUUGAUUGCGUGACCAGCAAGUAAACGAUAGUCUCCAGCGAAAAAUAGGAUUCUCAAAAUCUUGCUGAUGUAUAUUUAACAGUUUGUUACUAUAAAUUUACACCUGGUUUGUCUAGAACUUUAAACAAUGUACAUCUGUCCAAGAGUGUAAGAAUGUUUCGAAAUAUCCACCCCUAAAUAACUGUGGGCUACUCCUUUUUCCCCAUCACCGAUGUGCACUUCCUUCCCACUGUCUUUUGCAUGAGGCUUGUAUGCCUUUUUAACUGUUAUCGACACUUAAAACUGGCCGUUUAAGGCCUGGUUUAAGAACUUGACUGACUUAAAAACCGUCGUGAACAUGCGCUAUUAUUGUUGGACUUUGGAAGCUUUAAGCCCAAAACGAUGGUGCAAUCUCCAGAAAUUUGCCCGGGUCUAAUUAUAAGACAGGAACGGGUACUAAAAAGGGACGGUCUCAUUUAGCAACCCGUGGACAAUCUGGGCAUGCUUGCCUUCUGUCGCAAGGGCAACCGUUAAGGCCAGGUACGCCGCCCCCACCCGAGGGGGUUGCAUGGCAUCCACCAUUUCAGUCGCUUUUUCCACAUCAUGACCUUCAAUUAUCAUGAAUUAUAAUGCGGGCCUUGAUCGUUGCCACCUUGCCAGAAGUCUAAUCUUCGCACUGUUAGACCAUGAGAAUCGCUAUUAUUAUUCCAUAAAUGCACCAUUGACUUUUCCUUGCUCAGCUUCCGGUAAACCGAUACUCCGAAGCAAAAAUAGCUUUAUAACGACUCUAUCCAGGCCAGAACUCCUGAUAUCAACAAAUAUACCCCCACCCCCGCCGCUAAAGAGAGCAAACGUUCCCGAACUAUUCACUUUACCCACCCCAUCCCUUUGUUAAGAAAAACAACGCACUCAGUUCACUGGACAAAACGCGCUCGUGAAUAUACCAAACUAUAGCCGUUCAUCCUACAAGCAAUCUCAGUUUCAGCAGGCGUGGCCACGUUUCCAGUUGCUGUAAGAUUAAUUCGACACCUGCAACAGACACUGUAAAUUAAAUAGCAGCCACAACGCCCUUCUUUGAAACCGUCAGGACGAGAAGUUUAUAAAAGACUUAACAGGUGUGCGCGGCGGUUUCCUUUUCUUCCUUUCCUCCCAUUGUAGCACUCAAAUUCUGACCCUGAUAUUAAUUCUAGUAGUAAUCAAUCGUUCCUGAGCCGAUAGGCACAAGGAUACCAGUUUCUUGCAAAAUAUGCUGUGACAUCCGUUUGCUCAUCCCCCUUUCUGCCUUCGGCCGCUGAUUAGGUUUGGUUCUAUGCUUUGAAAUAACUUUAGGAACGAAACAUGAUACGUGAGGGGAGUGUCCGGCUAAGGGCAAGUGACUCUCGGUGGUGAAGACAUAUACUGAGCUUGUCAGUAUUUCGUAGCCUGUACCACGUCGCGAAAAUAGAACAAGCCAAAGAAAAAUAAGACGCCUUUCUUUCCCCAGCACCCGCAGGUUUUUCGCAUUACUUUUUACUGUACAACUGAUUCUACCUUUUGGAGCCGGAGCGAACACGGACGCCCUUGGGGUUAAGUUUCCACUUCAUUUUCGGCACCUGACUAAACGCAAGCGCUGAUUUGUGCGCCUAUGCUUCGUUUGCACUGAAGUAGCAGUAUAUGACCACGACAGACUUGCUGCUAUCCUUGGUUUGAAACCGCAAUGGGCAAGAACAAUUUCUUGAAAAGAGCAAACUAUUUCCUCCUUAGCAGACAUGGACUUGAAAAGAGAAAGCAUGAUGCUUUCUCUUUUUAAUGAUUUACGGCUAAACAGUACAAUUUCAUGUAGCUUUUAAGGAAAAUUAAAUACUUAGUUGUUUGCAGAAUUGCAUUUAACAACAAAUUACAGAAAUUUAACUAAGUUUAGAUCUCAUAGAUAAGAAUUGAACGGAAAAAACCUUUGGGGUAAAAAGUCAAAAAAUAAUGUUUGCUGGAAAAUCACUUAAUGGACAUACCAUAGCAGAGAUAUCAUGCCUGUAAUUUUCUGUUCAAUGCACCUUAUGACAAGUCUGACUAAUCCACUGGUAACCCAUGCCUUAAAACCGCCUUGAACCUUAAAAUUUGAUCCAUUUCCUUUCAUGCGUAGAGCAAAUAUAUCUUCUGAACACUCCGGGGUUGGAGGUAA